AUGGAAUUAUUAAUCGCACAUGGUGCUGAUUUAAAUGCAACUGAUAGUGUCGGAGCGACAAUUCUUCAUUAUUGCGCAAGUCUUUUUAAUAACAAAGCAGAAAUUGCAGAAAUACUAAUUGCAUUAGGUGCAAAUAUCAAUGCGAAGGAUAUAAAUGGAUUCACUCCAUUAUGCUAUGCGGUGCGAUUCAAUUGUAAAACAAUUGCAGAGUUUCUUAUUUUACAUGGUGCUGAGAUUGAUUCCAGAGAUCAAUUUUUGCAAACACCUCUACAUUUUGCCGCAUGCAAAAAUGCAACUGAAUUAGCAUCAGUCCUUAUUUCUCACGGGGCGGACAUAAAUGCCAAAGAAGAAAAUGGAAGGGGCACCUCUUUUAUAUGCAGUAUCAUGGAAUCAUCAAGAAAUGGUAGAAUUACUUAUUUCAAAUGGUGCAAAUCCAAAUUGUAA